AUAAAACCAUCAUCCCAAACAGAGACACCUUUCACUACAAAACAACAAAACAUACAAUCAGCGUAACCUUGACUGAACGAUGCCAGCGCAGUACGAGUAUUUUGAAAGUGUAAACCGGAAAGAGUCUGUUCCGUCGCUGUCCGGUCGCUGGUCUCUCGUCCACGUCUUCCUACAGAGCUGUGAGCAGAUAUCCUUCGGUGAGAUGCCUUUUAUCGUCCUGCAGAGUAACAUUCCGCCCAGCUCCUUCUCGGAGGACUUCGUGAAGAGGCUGUGCAGCAGCACCGCGGCCACUCUGGGGAAACCGGAGGAGAGGAUGAACGUGGUGGUGACCCCUGGGCUGCCGAUGCUAAUGGCGGGCUCCUGCUCUCCCUGCGUGAUGCUGUCGGUGUCUGCCAUUGGUGUGACCGACACUGCUGAGAAGAACAAGGAGCACAGCGCCAAGAUCUUUGAGUUUCUGACCAGAGAACUGGGUCUGACUGAAGACAGGAUUGUGAUUCAGUUCCAUGCGCUGCAGCCUCUCCAGGUCGGGAAGAAGGGGACCGUGAUGAGCUUCUUGUGAAGGAUGUCGUCUCGUGAUGCAGCUCAGUCUCAGAAAACCUCUCUUAUUUCACCUCAGUAUUAAUCACACACUGAUAACUUCUGUUGUGGAUGAUUCAAAGACUCUUCCUAUUAUCACUCCUGAAAUCACUUGUAUCACAGACUGUUGAAGACCAGACCUGGUACACAUAGAAAAAAACUAUCUGACUAUGAUUUGACUGUGAUUUCUUCACUUUUAUUUCCUUGUCAGUUUUUUCCUCAGAAUAUGGACUUUAACGUGUCAAGUGACCUAAACCUCAUCUGUACAGAGGGCUGAAACUGAAGAGCUAUUUUCAUAUAUUUUCAGUAAACAUGGGGAGGAGAUGAACUGGGCUCUGUCUCUGUGUGUGAUUGUUGGAACUCAGUUAGAUUUCUAACAGACGCAAAGUGAAGCUCCUUUUCCACUGGUGAAAAAACUAGCUAAAGCUACAGAUCUGUUUUACCAGUUAGCACGACGGCUAGCAACUCACUGUUUAUACCUAAUCAUGUUAGUGAAGUUAAAUUCACACUGUUUUACACCGUCAUUAGUAACAGAGGAAGGCCUGACACUCUUCACUCAGUGGGUGUCUCAGCUUUUAAAUCUGGAUUAAAUGAAGACCGGUUGUGUUAAAUCUAAAUCUGAUCUGUUCUUUAAAUAUCUCUGUACCAUAUGUUUUAGUCUACUUACACCUUCUCUCUCAAUCAAAACAAUAACAAAAGAUGGUGUUGGGUGAUGUCGUGAUGUAGCGCGUUAUCAUGGGAGUUGUUGUCUUCACCACCUCUGUUGUCAGUUUCUUCUGGUUUGAUUCCUUCAGUGUCAGUGGUUCAGGAGGUUUUCACCAGCAGUUGAAUUAUCCACAGAGGUUUCCCGCUCUCCACAACAAACAGGCCGGGGGAUUAAAACCAGUAAAACUAUAAGUUUACCUUAUAGGAUAAGUAACACCAAAAGGACUGAUUAUCACUAAGGUGUGAAUCCUGGCCUCUCUGUGCUAUGCAUGAAUACACACACACAUUAUCAUUUGUCCGUGUCCUUUUGUAACCCUGUUAAACUCAUAAAAUAAAUAAUGAAUAAUU